CAAUGGCGGGAUUAGCCCGGAAAUCGAUCGCAGAUCUAUUGGGUGUUUAAUCAUACAACUGACUGCAGUCCCAGCCAGGGGGCAGGUCGUAGCGAAACUUUUCUCUGCAACUUUUCUCAAGUGUCUAGCUGCUCGCUCGCCCGACGCUUGCUACAACAACUACAACUAUCUCAUCCAAUGUUUGGAAACUUUCAAAUACGGACUAUCUGUGGAGUAUCUGUGAACUAUCUGUGGACUAUCUGAAAUUACCUGUGGACUAUCUAUGAACUAUCUUUGGACUAUCUAUGAACUUUCUGUGGACUAUAUUAUGUUGCUAUUUGGCGUUUGUGGGUCAGAGGUACGGGCCGCGCUCGCUGCCUGACGUCAUCCUGGGCGAGGAAUAUGACGUCAUCCGCCUGGCGCUGCACACGCACAAAGGGCGGGACACGAGGAACGCGCCGUUCCUGGACACCUGCUACGUCAUGGACGACAACAACAUCCCGCCAGUCUACGUGCUCAAAGACCGGACCAGCCUGGUGCCUGACCUCUGUGACAGAGCUUGAGAACCAGAUGAUGCUGGGAGUGGAGGGCAACGACCUCCCCGCCAGACGCUGUCUUCUCAUCACCCGCGACAUCGCCGACCUCCAGAACUACACUCUUGACCCCCGCACGCCGCGCUUCGCGGAGCUCACCCACGACCCGCGAGAAGACAGCUACCACAUAGACCCGGACUCUUCCAACAUGCUGGUCCGUCUCAAGAAUCGAACCCGGGGCCUUGUGUCUGAGCUCAACACGCUGCACCACGACGUGCUGUGGCGAUACGGUGAUGUCAUCAGCCCCCAGCUACACGCCGACUACCUGGCCGCGCUUAACGAGCAGCUGUACCGCGCUUGUGUCCGGCUCAUCGACGACACGGCCCCGACGCCAGAGACAACCAAUGAACAACCACCUCCACCACACCGACUACAUGGUCCUCCUCCGCUACAUCGGCUACACCACCAAGUCACGUGACCUCCGCCAGCUGUUGAUCAGCCUGUGUGCCCAGGUUGCCAUGGCGACGGGCGGUUCGGAGGACGCCGUGCCCACGGAGAUGAAGGAGCUGCUCAAGUACUUCUCGGACAUGUUGACGUCAGUGCCUACGUCACGACGACUGAUCAUCCUUCUGGACGGCCUGGAACUGCUGACGUCAGAGCACCAAGACCAGGUGACGUCUUGGAUACCCCAGUGUCUCCAGCCCAACGUCAAGCUGGUCAUCACGGUCCACAAGACAGCCAAUGACCUACUGACCCACAUACGGCAGAACAUUCUGCGUGACCCUGCCUGUUUCCUAGAAGUCAUGUCCAUCACAGUGGACGAGUGUGAGGGCCUUCUCACCUCCCUCCUGGCCGCCAUGGACCGGUCAGUGACCCCGGCACAGAUGGCCGUGUUCCGGCGCGCCCUGGAGAGAGAGCCGCUACCCUUAUACGUGGAACUCCUGGCCAACAUCGCCAAAGAUCUCAACUCCUUCAACGAGGUAGAUCUGGCGUCACUGCCCCGGGACUGCGAGGAGGGCAUCACGAAGCUACUGGACAGACUGGAGACGAAACACGGCACCACCCUGGUGUCAAGGGCGUUUGGGUACAUGGUGGCGAGCGGGACUGGACUCAGCGACUGCGAGAUGGAAGACAUCUUGUCUCUGGAUGAUGACGUACUACACGAGGUGUUCGGCGAGUUCCGGCCAGCCGUUAGGAGGAUCCCCUACAUCAAGUGGCUGGCGCUCAAACAGGACGUGGAGGCUUUCUUGGUCUACCGGGACGCGGACGGAGUCACUGUGGCCAUCUGGCAACACGACCGCUUCCUGCACGCGGUACAGCAGCGGUAUCUUAGCAACGCGGAGACGCUGUGCCAGGUACAUUCCAACAUCGCAGACUACUUCCUCGGCACGUGGGCGGGGCGUGCCAAACCCGUGGUGGUGACGUCAGAGAAGACAGGGGGCGUGGCUUCCUAUGAGGCGGACAGGCUGGUGCCUGCACAGCCGCACACUUUUGGAGAGGAGGAAGCGGAGGACGAGGGUAUGGGAGGAGGAGAUGGAGGAGAGGGAGGAGGAGGAGGAGGACGAUUUAAUAAAAGAAAAUAUGACCAGGUGCCUCGUCAUCUUGAUCUCUCAGGCCGCCACAAAGAACUCAACAGCCUCAUCUUCUUCAACUACGAGUGGCUGUACAACAAACUCAAGGCUCUCUCCCUGCAGCACAUCAUAGCUGACUUCGCCCUCCAGCCCAGCCCGGAGUCGUGCCUGGUCGAGGAGGCUCUCCGUGUGUCCGAGGCGGUCAUCGAGAGGGAUCUGAACUCCCUGCCCGCCGAGAUCUCGGGCCACCUGCUACCCUACUACACCACACACCCCAACAUCAGGUCUCUCAUACGACAGUGCGACCAUGACGGAAUCAGGCACUGCGCUAUUGUGCCAAACUUUCCCUACCUACAGGUUCCCGGUAGCUCCCUCCAGUUCAUCCUGGACUGCCCAUGCGCCAGUGACCAGCUGUCCCUCACAGCAGAUGACCGCUUCCUGUUGUGCAAGAAACGGGAUGACCCCUACGUGCACUCAUUUGACCUCCGGACAGGAGAGCUACAGGAGAGUGUGUUCACGUCCACAGGAGAGCUUUACACUACUCCUGAUGACUGACCAUCUCCCCUAACGACGCCCUACUCCUUGUGCGAGGCGCCAAAACUCUCCUGGUCUACCACCGCGGUCUGGAGAAGGUCAUCGCGACUUUUGGCAAACCUGACGACAUUCCUGACGAGUUCCGCCUGCCCCGCUCUCACUACGUGCCUAUGGCCUUUGCGCAUGCGCACUUCACGCACGACAGUAAUUACGUCAUUGGGACCAUCUUCAGGACGGUGUACGUGUGGCAGAUCUCCAACAGUUCCCUGGUCACCUCCAUCCAGGCACCCAUAGGUCUCAUGUCCCAGGUGUUGGUGGCGGGGUCAAGGCCGCAGCUCAUCACUCACAUGGAGGGAAGUCUGCACGUGCAGGUGUGGAAUAUCGGUGACGCCGUGCGGAAAGUGAACACUCCGGACAAACUGACGGACGCCAUUAGUGAGUUCCAGGUGUCCGCAGACAACAACACAGCAUUCAUCAGAUGCCGACACAGUGACGAGCUGGGCGUGGUGGACAUGACCUCUGGCUCCAUGGUUGACCUCUUGACCCACGACACGCCCGUGGAGGACUUUGCGAUCAGUCCGGAUGGAGGCUGGCUGCUCGUGUCCACCCGGCCCCGGCUCCGCGGCACGGCCUUCAAGCUCUGGAACCUGGAGGCCCGCCAGCUGGUCUUGGAGACCGGGGACACUUCGGGGUACUGCGUGGCCACCCACCACACGCCCUGCAUCGUCAUGGUGGCUCAGACGGACAGGUCGUUCGGCGCUCCCUACCACAUCUCUGUGCUCCAGCUCACGGGCGACGAGUUCUACCAGCACGUGUACAUGCAGUCUGUAGACGUCAUCCGCGCCAAGCCGCUGGUCACUCGCGAUGACCAGUACCUGGUGGUCAGUUCGGCCGCUCAGUUUGAUCAGAGCACAGGCACCUUCAGCUCGCCCCAGGUGUGCGCGUUCAACAUGCAGGACGGUAUGUCGAUGACGUCAUACGACGCGGUCAGUCUCAAGUUUGAGGAGCAUCUGGAAGACAUCCUGGAGGUCAGGGAGUGCCCCAUGCCUUAUAAGGGCAGUGUGGUCGCUGCCAUCUUCUCCUGUAAGGACCACAUCAGCGAGAGCGACAGCUUCAACACCCCCCACACACCCCACACACCCCACACCGACACCCCUGACGCCCCCACACUACGGACACACGGGCUGUUCUUCCUCGACCUGUCCACCGGCUCCCCGCUCCUCCUCUGCAUCCCCUUCCCCCGGCCUAGCUACGGUGUCGGAACCAGCCCCCUGGUCUUCUCGCGAGACCUCACUCUGUGUCUCGACCAAAGCUCCAACAUCUUCCACGUGCCGAGCGGAGAGUUCAUAGGCCAAGUCCCGUCGCCCGCGCUCCCUCCCCGCGCUAUGGCCCUAGACGGUCGGGCUGUGCUGUACUACAGCGGCAGUCUGCUCCACGCCGUGCGGCUCUCUGACGGUGCCGUGUUGGCGAGCUGCGAGGUACACGCCCCGGUGUGUCGACUACACGUGUGCGAGGACGAGCACACCGUGCUGGUGGGCUGCCACGACGGGACCGUCAUGUCCUACACACUGGUGGACCCUCAACACGGGAACGCGGCCAUCGUGCUGAGCAAAGUGGGCUCCCGCAAGGUGGCCUACCCCGAGGAGAUCUUUGACAGGAGUCUGUCGCGGCGGUCCUGGGACAAGAGCGAACCCGCCGGCAGCUACUCCCGCCCGCCUUCCGCCAUCAGCCCGGGCCCACGUGACAAGAUAUUGCUGCGACAGGUCAAGGCCGUGCCCCGGAAGCGGUUCAGCGUGGACACGUCAUCGCCGCAGUCGUCUGUCAAAUCGCAGACGUGUGGCCUCAUGUGAGCUCGAGUCGAGGUCAAGGUCAUGUCUCAGAUGUGCGUGGUUGUAUGAGGUCACGGUCAAGUGUGUCGUCGUCUGAGGUCAAGGUCAAGUGUGUCGUCAUCUGAGGUCAAGGUCAAGGUCAUGUCUCAAACGUGUGUGUGGUUAUGUAAGGUCACAAGGUUUAACACAUAUGGGCACUGUCAGGCUGAGUACUACACACCUACACACCUAUACAUGCUGACUACAACAACACACCAACACACCUCUAUCCUGACUACAUGACAACACACAUACACACUUCCGUACUGCCCGCAACACACCUGAACGCUAUUACCUCAAAACUAGGACCGUUUGUGCCAAUAUAAUGCACGUACAUUGACUUUCUUACUUAAUUUGUGGAAGAACAUUCGCCUCCUUUAUUCAUAGCAUACAGGUUUUCAUUGUUGUUGUUGUUGUUGUUGUUGAUGAUGUUGUCGUUGUUGUUGCCUCUAUCAGACCUAGUGACCAAAACCACAACCCCAUCCCAUGCACUGACAGCAGGCCGGAAGCACCAACCAACCUGGACCUUUCCAUUUCUUCUUUGUGUGUGGGGGGGGGGGGGGGGGUUCUCCAUUCUCUCAGUCUUCGAUUUAUCUGUUUAAUUGUUCUUUUUUUGUUUACAUAGUAAAAAUUUAAAAAAAACAAUCCAUUUAGCCAUUUCCUAAUUUCUGUCCUAGUUUCCUUUAUUUGAGUGUGUUAUAUAUAAUUAUCCAUGUAGUCAAUCUCCCCGUUGUGUGAUAAUAUAGAAUAAUAUACAACUGUUCAUUUCUUGAAUGAUUUAGUUUUUAAAAUAUACUGAUUUUAUAUUAUAUCUAUUUCGUAAACCAUCUGUUUUGAUAUAUAGAUAUACAAAUAUGUAUUACUAAAUAAAAUAUGUAUAGGGCG